CCGGCCUUUGACGUAACCCCUCCAUACCCCGCCAAGUAUAUAAAGUCUCGUAGAAAUCCGCCCAUCAUCCCAUCCAAUUCAUCAUCACUACACAACCAUCUUCCAUCUCAAUUCACCCUCAUCUUCCUCAAUUCCUUAUUUCACAAUGUCGACCCCUACUACCGUCUCCUACUACUCCCGGGGUAUCAAGAUCGCCGCCCACCUCUACCAGCCUGUUGCUGGCUCCCCCGACCGCCAGGGUGCUGCCAUUGUCAUUGCUCACCCAUGGACCUCCAUCAAGGAGCAGUCUCCUGCCAAUUACGCCCGCAUCCUCACCCAGGCUGGCUUCAUCUGCAUUGCUGCUGAUUCCGCCUACCAGGGCGAAUCUGAGGGCGAGCCCCGCAACCUCGAGGACCCUUACCAGCGUGCUGAGGAUGUCAAGUCUGCCGUCACCUAUCUUGUCUCUCUUCCCGAGGUGAACAAGGAGAAGAUCGGUGCUCUUGGUAUUUGCGCUGCUGGUGGCUAUGUCCCCUUUGCUGCCCAGACCGACACCCGCAUUAAGGCUGUCGUCACCGCCGCCGCUGUCUGCGUUGGCACCAUGGCCCGCCGCGGUUUCGACAAGGACUCCUCCAACCUCGAAGUCCUCAAGGGCCAGCUUGCUGCUGCUGCCCAGUCCCGAAACAGCGAAGUUGGCGCCGCUGAGCCUCUCGAACUCGUUGCUAUGCUGCCCCCUUCUGUCGAAGCUAUGCCUGCCGAUCUCCCCGAGUCCUUCAAGGAUCUUACCCGCUACUACAAGACCGACCGUGGCCAGCACGUCCGCGCCAACAACACUACCCACCCUCGGGGCUGGGAUCUGAUGGCUAACUUUGACGCCUUUGCCCACAACUACAUGAUCAGCCCCCGCCCGUUGAUGAUGAUUACCGGCACUAUUGCCGCCACUAAGUGGUACAGCGAGGACGGUAUUGAGAAGGCCAAGGACCCCAAGGAGCUUGUUGUCUUGGAGGGUAUGACCCACGCUGACCUUUACGAUAAAGUUAACGAGCCUGGCAAGCACCUUAUCCCCUUCUUUGCCAAGUACCUUGUCUAAGUGUGCGAUACGAUAUGAUUUAAUGAAAUGGAAUGCGGUAUCUUGUUAGUCCUUUUGUUUAUAAAAACAAGCCAAUGUAUAGAUUGUUACUAUACAAUAACUUUAAAAUUAAUACACUAUUGUCUCC